AUUGUAUACUGCUCAUCACAAUUAGGUCUGUCAAUACCAAGGCAUCGGUAUCGUUCAGACGCUUACGAGUGGAAUUGCAACGCCCACGCCUACGCAACUGCAACUGUUUUAUAGUCGAACUAGGCGUUAUAAUAGGGCCCUGACACGUGGGUAGUGCGCCUCGUGAGAGGCCUAGGCGCCCAAAACCACCGGCCUCGCCUCUUUUUGGCGUAGCGCAGCGCUUGGCACGAUGCCUUCGUGGCCGACCGCGCUGGGUGGCAUGCUCUUUGCGGGCUAUGCCGCCACCCAGGCGCAGAAGGUCGGCAUUGACGCGCCCUCUGCGUUGGUUGCAUCGGCUCUUAAGUCGCUCGGCAACGACACCGGAUACAGCCCGUCCCCCAGCGGGCGAGGAGGCAGCGAGCUUUCGGUGCUUCAAGGCGAGGUAGACCGCCUACACAAGCUACUCUCAGACGUGGUCCGGGGCCAGAAAGGCGGCCAAGGAUACACCGUCAUCCACACCGGCCGCGGCGGUUGGUCGGUGCUCAUCCUGCCCACGGCGCUGGCCGCCGGCGCCGGCUACAUCUAUAUCCGCUGGCGCGGUAUUAGCGUGUCGGACUUCUUCAUGGUCACCAACAAGUCGCUGCAGCAGUUCCGCGAGCUGGUCUCCACCAGCAUGACUCAGCUGUGGGAGGAGAUGCGCAAGCAGAAGGACGAGUUCAUGGCGCGCAUCGGCGCCGUGGGCGCGCAGCAGCAGCAGAUGAUGGCGGCGCAGCAGCAGAUGGACGAGAAGCUGGGCGCGGUGAGCGUCAACGUCGACGACAUCCGCGACAUCAGCAACACCAUCGAAGCGCGCGUGGGCCAGAUGGACCACACCAUCAACAUCAUGUCCACGGGCGUGCAGCGCGCCAACGAGGGCAUCUACCUGCUGUGCGCGGCAGUGGCGGACGUGACGCGGCGCGUGGGCGUGGACAACAGCCGGCUCAAGAUGUACGUGCAGGCCACGCCGCCUGAGAUCGCUGACGGCAACCCGGGGCUGCGCACGCUGCUGGAGGGCAUGAGCAGCGGCGACGCGGCGCCGGCGGUGGGACGCAUCACCGAGCUGCCCAGCGAGGAUGGAGACGUCAUGAGCGACGGUGCGGGCCUGGCGGUGGCGACGCGCGGCGUGGGCGUGGUGGCGGUGGCCAACGGCAACGGCGCCGCCGUGCGAUCUGGGUCGGGCGUGGUUGGUGACGACAUGCGGGUGCUGUACCGGCGCGACUCGGGGGUGCCGGCUGCAACCAGGAGCGGCGGCAUUGUGGGCUUCUUCGGUGGCGGCUCCGCAAACACCAGCGCCAACCGGAGUCGCACGCCCGCCAACGCGCAUUGACGGAUAGGCCAGCAGCGCUGUGCGUGCGGCAGUGCGGCGGCGCACGAGGGAGCGGGGCUGUAAGGGUUACGCUCUCUAAGGGGUUUGUAGUUGAAACUGUGAGCCCUGAGCAUCUCCUGGGCCUGUACAGCUGUGCUUGGAUUGCAGAGGUGCAGCUAUGCAAUGGUAGGGGUGAUGGAAAUGGGUUAUGCGUAUGGCUGUGUGAGGCUGUAUGCGCAUGCAGGGCGUGGCGGUUAAAGCAUUUUCAAGUGUUGCUGCGCGUGGUUCGCGCUCCAUUUUUAGGAGAACAGGAGAGCGCGCACUUCCGUGUGUACCUCUACACCUUCGCACAUACCGUAGUAUGCGCAGAUCAGGAUGCCGGCAGGUUAGGGUGAGGGUAGCAGGCAGGGGUACGGGGCUGUAGUGAUUGAAUUUGAGGCCAUCGUUCCACGGCCGAUGGGCGCAUGUUUGGUAGGGUCCUUGCUUCAUGAAAUUUGCGAGUUUUGCGACCGAGGGGAAUGGCAUCUGCUGGCGGGAGUUCUUGGGCCCGGCCGGGGAAGACCACCGCUUCGGGCCCGGCGCCGCAGCGUGCAUUCGGAGCGCUUGUUUCGGGACUUUUUUCGGGGGUGACGCGUGUGACGCCGCUGCAUUGUAGGCGCUGCUAUGGCACCACGUAUAAUACACUAAUUG